AAAAUUGUUAGUCAGCCAGUUCGCCUCACGUGUUCGAGCCCUAGAAGUUUUCCAACCCACACGUUUUCGCCAAACAUUUCGCAGCGAGCCGUCGACAGUUUGAAGAUACGCCCAACUCUCGCCAACCCCAUACAAUACCGGCAGGAUGAAGUACAUUCGUUCGGAACAGCUCCUUGAGAUCCCUGAGGGUGUCAAGGUCACCAUCAAGACCCGUACCGUCACCGUCGAGGGCCCCCGAGGCAAGCUCGUUAAGAACCUCGGUCACGUUGCCGUCUGCUUCGGCAACCCCUCCAAGAACACCAUCUCCAUCGAGAUCCACCAUGGCAACCGCAAGAACGUCGCUACCCUCCGCACCGUUCGCUCCAUCAUCAACAACAUGAUUGUCGGUGUCACCAAGGGCUUCAAGUACAAGAUGCGCUACGUCUACGCCCAUUUUCCCAUCAACGUCAACUUGGAGAAGAACGCCGAGACCGGCCUCUUCGAGGUUGAGAUCCGCAACUUCAUUGGCCAGAAGAUCGUCCACCGUGUCACCAUGGCCGAGGGUGUCGAUGUCGCCGUCUCUACCGCCCAGAAGGAUGAGCUUGUCCUGACCGGCAACUCUCUCGAGAACGUCUCCCAAUCCGCCGCCGAUAUCCAGCAGAUCUGCAAGGUCCGCAACAAGGAUAUCCGUAAGUUCUUGGACGGUCUGUACGUUUCCGAGAAGGGCAACGUUGUUGAGGAGUAAAAAACCGCGGACACGGAAUUUGUUUCUUUUGCGUUUCUGGGUUCCUGGAGUGGCGAGGGUUUUACCAUUGCAUGUCAUGUAGCAAGGGUGCUACGAAUCAAAUAAACCAAAAAGUAAAGACUUAAAACUAACGUCUUGUCCGUCUUGGCCGACUGUGAUUCCACCAUGUUUUUGACGGUUGCUAUAGACGGCGACCAUGGGAAGACUGCACAGGAACAUAGCCGCUGUGCUGAGAUUGUGAAGAGUUGGAUGAUUUACGACUAGAACAGGGUCUUAGGCAAGGAAGCAGAGUGCAGAUACCAAAAAAAGAUUCAUCAACAUUAAUUCAAUGACGUCUUCACACGUCCAAGUCUAUAUCCUAACCGGGUUUCAUGAUGCAUAUCCACAACAAGAGCCAUUCUACCAUUCCAUCAUCCUCAUCUCAUCCUUUUCCUUUGUCCUUCUCUCAUCUUGCAGAGGGUAUAAGGUAUAUAUACGUAAAGCAGCACCUGACUCAAAGAUGUCGGUGCAUGUAGUCAUGAAAAAGAAAUCAAAAACUCGAAACAUGUACAAAUAUCAAGCAUUAAAACAUCAAAAAACGUGAAAUCAUUGCCAAACUCCGAAGAAAAGAGCAUAGCUCUCAAAAGCCAGUCUUUUACGUGCAAAGUCAGGCUGCCGCGUUAACAGCCUGUAAUACUAUUCUUUACAAUGGAAGAACAGUAGGUAGUAGUGCCAUGCUCAGCACAUACGCUGGGGCCUCACACCCGCUAGCCUAGGGCCGGCGUGAGCUCCUGGUGUAGUAUGAUCGCGAGUCACGGCUUCGGCUGUCCCUUGUACGGCGCGUGCGAGAUGUUCUGGCUCCAGAGCUGGAGCUCAGGGUCGUGGCAUCAGAGUAGGUGUAGUAAGAAUCCGUGUAGCGCGACGAGGGGGCUCUGCGUGCUGGCUUCUUGUCCUUCUUCAUGUUGAGCAAUGCGAGCAGCGUAGCUGCACCACCAGCCAAUCCGAGCCAUUUCUUGCCGUCAGACUUCUUCUCGCGGCGGUCACCAGCAGAGGAUGGUCGGCCGCCGAACCAGCCAGAGUGGCGUGAGCGGCGUGAGUAGGAGCUUCCGCCUGCUGAGUAGUAGUCCUCUUCAAUCACCCGCUUCUCCUUCUUCUUGCCGAAGAUGGCGUGGAAGAUGCCGCGGACGAUGCAGCAGAAGCACAGAAGACCUAGCAAACUGACACCGGCGAGAACACCAAUAACGAUACCAGCGAUAGCGCCACCACUGAGUUUGUUAUUGGCUGUGCCACCGUUGGAUGGGUUGCCAGAGUCGGGAUCUCUACUCCCGGUCUCUUGAGCUGCCGAGCUGGUGGUGGUGUGAGUAACGCCGGCGGUCGACCUUGAGCCGGUUCCGACAACGGUGGUGGUACCUGUGACUCGGUAUGGAGCAGAGUAUUGGGUAGUAACAACUCCGUUGGUCGUGACAACAAUAGUCUGGCCGCCAUCCAUGCCUGGCUUCGCAACACAUUGGCCCUUGUAAGCGCAGGUCUGCCAUCCAGCACAGCAAAUAGCGCCGCAGGGCUGCUGCUCUGGGCUUUGUGGGACGCAGUCUACACCUUGUGUAGGUGCUGGCGGCACGGCCCAAAAAGUGGCAAUCGUACUAGUAUAUGUCUUCGUCUCGGUCCAGGUAGUCGUACGCUGGGCAUAGUAGCCGCCUACAGCAGUGCAGGUGGCGACGUUGCCGGGCAGAGUAGUGCAUGCUUCGUUGGCAGCGCAGCAAAACUGGUUGUCGGAGCCACAGUAGGCUGCGCAAGCUGCGUGCUUCAAAUAUGAGUAGCCUGCAUCGUGAAGGUCAUCUCUGGGAAAUGGUGUUGCUGAGGCGAGAGAGCUCAGUGUGAGAGCGCCGACCAGGAGCUUCGCGAACGAAGCGACUGUUGGCCGUGAAGCAGCAGAGGCCAUGGUGUAGCAAAGGCCGUAUAAAUUGCUUUUUGCCUGUCUGAUCGAGUCAGAUCCCUUUGGAAUGCGGGAGACACUGGAAUGUUGGUGUCUUGGUUCCUCUCGCUUGGUGCCCGUUAGCUGAUUGUUUGGCGGGGCGGCGACUUGUAAGUGAGGUCGAUUAGUGAGAAGACGGUAAAAUAGGAUGGAAUCGCGAUAUCCGACAAAGAAAAUAAAUUGAAGGACGCGUCGAGUAUGUGCGGGAGUGGUGAAGAUGCAAAAGAAAGACAAAAGGUAAACAAUGGACUUGGGAGAGGUAACAAUGGAGGGUUGCAGCUGUUGGAGGGACUUUAAGACCGAAGGCUGGUU